AUGGAGUACCCCGAGGGUCUACGGUAUUCAAGGGAGCACGAGUGGGUGUUGGUGGAGAACGACGACCAUGCCGUCAUCGGGAUAUCCGACUUUGCCCAGAACGAGUUGGGGGAUGUGGUGUACGUGGAGGCGCCGGGGCUGGGGGAGAAGAUCAGCAAGGACGAUCCCUUCGGCGCGGUGGAAUCGGUGAAGGCGGUGUCGGAUCUCUAUGCGCCGGUCAGCGGUACCGUGGUCGAGGUCAACGACACCCUGCCGGAGACGCCGGAGCUCAUCAACGAAGACCCUUACGGAGAAGGCUGGAUCAUCAAGGUCAGCAUGUCGGACGUCGCCGAGUUGGAUGAUCUCAUGAACCCGGAAGAAUACGAAGCGUACUGUGAGGGUCAGGAUGACGACGACGACGCUUGA